AUGUGGCAGGACAACCACAGCAACUCCUACGGCGCAUCCACGUCUCAGAACAACUACUAUGCGGGCGCACCACCAGCGCAAGGCGUGCCCCUUCAGUUCUAUACACCCAGCCCCGUUAGCAGUACUUUCUACGACGGCUCGCGCUCCAGUCUCGAGGGGAAUGUCGGCGCACAGGGCUCCAUGCUACAGCAGGGGAUCCCUCCAGGGUAUGGCGGAAACAUGCAACCAGUCGGACCUUGGUGGACUGCGUUUGGAACAGGCGGAUUCGAGGGAGAGCCACCAUUGCUGGAAGAGCUUGGCAUAAACUUCUUUCACAUUCGCGCGAAGUCGCUCGCUGUGCUCAAUCCGCUUGGCAGUGUGGAUGAGCGAAUCAUGGAUGAUGCGGACCUGGCAGGUCCGCUACUAUUCUUCCUCUGUUUUGGCACAUUCUUGCUCUUUUCCGGAAAACCUCAGUUCGGCUACAUCUAUGGCGUCGGCUUGUUAGGCUCGGCGUCCAUUUAUACCCUGCUGAAUCUGAUGUCUGAGAAAGGCAUCGAUGCGUAUCGAGUAGUCUCUGUGCUAGGAUAUUGUCUACUGCCGAUGGUUGGGGUUGGCGCGUUGAGUGUCAUGGUUACCCUCGACGGUUCUCUGGGCUACAUCUUGUCAACUCUCUCUAUCCUCUGGUGCACAUAUGCAGCAUCAGGAAUAUUUGUUGCAGUGCUGCGCAUGUCGGACCAGCGAUUCUUGGUAGCAUAUCCCGUCGGACUCCUGUAUGGCUGCUUCGCAUUGCUCAGUGUAUUCAAUGUCGGCGGGACAGGUUCAUCGAAGUAA